GUUGAAUCAAGGGUCAAGCUUUGCAUCCGUCGGGACCCUAUUUUUGCCGUUCUCUGUCGUCAUCGAGUCAAAUCGAAGGCAGCAUUGCUGAGUACAAUAAUGGGAAAUUGAAGUUUUCUUCUGCUCUAUCGCUUGACAGGUGAAUUAGGAUGGUUCGUGGUGGAAAGAAAAAGGGAGGAAACAGAAAAACAAAAAAGAAGAUUGAUGAUGAGCCAGAAUAUUUGGGUACUGUUGAGCCACCACAUGUAGAACCAGAACUCCAGUUACAAGAAGACCAGGAAAAAGAAGACCAGCAGCAUCAAUCUCAAGCAGAUACAGGUCAAAUGUCAAAGGAGAAAGUGGUUGAUGAUGAGGAGCCUGAAGGUGAGCUUGAGUUUCUCGAGAAAAAUUCAAAUGCAGACAAGCAGAAUCGUAAGAGAAAGCGAGGACCAACCAAGAUGAACUACAUUAACAAGGAUCCAAACAUGAAAAUGUAGAUUAUACUGCCAUGGGAGAACCUUAUGGUGAUGGUUCUGUGAAACUGUCUUCAUACCUAGGUAUAUUGGCACGAGAACACGUUCCUAUCAUACUUGAGUGUUGGCCAAAACUACCUGAAGCUUCGAAGACACUUCUGAUGAAAUCGAUCCAGGCUAGGUUUGACGUAGAUGUAGACGUCCAUAGGAAUGCACUCCUUACGCAGAUUGGAAGUUUGUGGAGGUCAUCAAAAUCACGCACUGUGAAAGAGAUUCUUGAGGCUGAUAAUACCCAACAAAGGAUGAAUCUUCGCCCUAGGAAUGUUUCUCCAAUUGAGUGGCGUAGAUUUGUGAAGCAAAAAACCAGCCCUGAGUUUAAGGUUCUGAGUGAUAGCUACAAGGAGAGAAGGAACAAGCAGAUUCCUCAUACUUGUAGUCGCAAAGGAAUGGUUAGGCUUACACAAGAAAUGAAAAAUGAGAGUUUAGACCCAUCAGAAGUAGAUAGGUUAAAGGUUUGGAUCAAAUCACGUACCAAAAAGGAUGGAACUCCAGUGAAUAAUCAGGCUGCUGAGAAGAUUAAGAAGGCAAGUGAGAUUGUUAAUAGUGACUCUCCAUCGAGUACAACAAAUCCAGGUGCAGAUUCUCUAGCACGACUCUUAGGCCCUGAUAAUCCUGGAAGAAUGAGGGCAAUGGGCAGAAACAUAACGAAGACUAAAUUAGCUUGUCUGCAAGUGAAUCUGAAGUGUAUGAAUGACAUGCAAGAUCAGCAAGUUAAAUUAGUACAAGAGGUCAAUGAGUUAAGAUCUGAACUUGCCAAAUACAAGGACCGGAGACAAGAGCCUGAAGUUGGUGAAAACUCAGCAGCUAGAAGUGUGAACAAGAAGGCACAACCAAAGUGUCUUUUGGUUGAUUGGUUUGAGGAUGGUUCUUUAACAAACGUAGCUGAGGGGCGUAUAUAUUCUACUGAUCCGUUGGAAUUGGUGAAUGACAGUCCAUUAGGCCCAUCUGAUUUAAAAGUCUUGGUUGAAACUGCUAUAGUACCUCGCAGAUCUCUGGAGGUCAACGACUAAGAUGUUCACCAUCGAGGAUGCUGUUGGACAGAUGGUUGCAUGGCCAGCAAAGAAGGUGAUUAACCUUGAAACUGGGCAAGAAGCACGAGACAAUACCCAUG